UUGGCUGUAGGAGGUCAUCCAGACAUCCAUACAGGGUCAAAGGUCACCAACUGCCAGUUGUCACUGAGCAGAGCCAAGAUGUUUUCGAAGACGUUCCUGAGAUUUCGAAAAUGUUGCAGAGAAAUCUUCCAAUGCUGUUGGGGGAGAAUGAGAAGGAAUGCCAGGCCAGCCAGUCCUUCAACCUCCACCUUGGAAGACGCAACAAAUCUGUCUGGCCGAAGAAAAACGAAAAUCACGAUAGACAUUGAGCUCCAUAAAGUGGAGCAGCACGGUUUCCCUCCAAAGGACAGCCGAGGGAAAGAGAAGGUCCUCUUCGAGAGGAAGGACCUUUUCCAAGCAGCGCAAUCAGAGCUGGCCUGUAUAAGAAGAGACCAGGAAAUAAGCCAAUAUUUGCGCCAAGUGGUCUCUGAGAGGAGGAGAGAGACGCAAAUAGCUCUGUUGCAGGAGCACAGCUUUGUCAAUGGAUUAGCUGCAUUGCUGGAAAUGUAUGAUCUCAGCAAGAUAACACCAGAAAGAGAUGAACCAAUAGAAUCCAUGCUGAUGGACAUUUCCAGUUUUUAUUGGAUGGCUACCCUGGAUGCAGAGGAGGAAGAUCUUUCUGAGGUGGAGAAGAAGUUGCUGGAGGAGGCCUUUGGCCUAACAAUGAGGAACCUACUCCGACAAUCUCCCACGACAGAACAGUUUGUUUUCAUUCUGAAGAACUUGGACCCACGUGGGAAACUCUUUUUGCCGGCAAUAAACCAGCUCCUGUCCUGUGGAAACCAUCAUCCCAGGAUAGAUCUCGAUCAAGUCCAGCAGGCUUUCCCUGAUGUUCCCAGGGAAAUCUGGCAGGCUGGAACCACCUACGAAAACAUCAAUGAAGGAGACCUAGAAAUAGAGGAGUUGUGACCUCCACCCUUCGCCGUUGAGCCACCUAUGAAGAAAAGCUACCAUCUCAGGAAAUGGCCCUUUGGUUCUUCCUUCUAUCAAUUGCAUAAAUUUUGUAUAAUAGUUGAAUUUGAUCUGUUAAAACUUCUGACUGUAUAAUAAUUGUUGGUAUCUGUGUUUGUAGAUCACUGGAAGAUCAGAACUCCCUCCUGCUGAAGGUUCCCUUGGGGUUUGGAAGAUGGCACUGGGGCUGAAGAUGCUGUGGAGCAGACGCCGACCAUCAUCGUUUUUAAUAUGCUGCAGCAGGCUGGGUAGCAGCUUGGACAGAAUUCCACGCAGUUCCUGUAACGGACCUGCUUGCUUGGACCAUCACCCGGCUGGAUCAACAUCUCCCCAGGAUAGAAGAACAACGAAACACAGAUGGAUGGACUUGAGUUUUUAAUGACAGUGUUUUUUCUUGUAUCUA